GUUUCUAUCAGGAACGACUCGACUCUCUGGUAAUAAAACCCUCCUCCACCACCAUCGCCACCGCCACCGCCACCGCAACUUCCGYCAGUUUAUCGAUCACUUGAUACACAUUGUAAUCAGGGCUUUUGCUUUUCGCACCAGGAGGAUGUAUCAGAAAAUGGCGUAUGCAGGAUUGAUGCCAACAAAACUGGGGUUAGAAGGUUCCUAUGAUCAGAUUCACAGGCUUAGGACCACUACCUCUUGCAUGAAUGUGGACAAUCUGAGGAAAGAUUUUGUUCGGGGAGGCAAGGCUCUGUCCAUCAAGGGGCCUGUUAAAAUUCCAACCAAGGUUCUGUCCAUCAGAUCUACGUUGUCCUGUGUUGAAGAGAAGACAGGGUUCAAGGACUUUUUGCACAUUAAUGAUUUUGACAAGGGAACCAUAUUGAAGAUUUUGGACCGAGCCAAAGAAGUCAAGGCAUUGCUAAAAUCAGGAGAGCGAACAUAUCUUCCAUUUAAAGGGAAAACAAUGGCUAUGAUAUUUGCUAAGCCUUCCAUGAGGACUCGGGUUUCCUUUGAAACUGGAUUUUUCCUACUUGGUGGCCAUGCUAUAUAUUUGGGCCCCAAGGAUAUUGAAAUGGGUAAGCGUGAAGAAACUCGUGAUGUUGCUCGCGUUCUAUCUCGCUACAAUGAUGUCAUUAUGGCUCGACUCUUUGCUCAUCAGGACCUUUUGGACCUGGCUAAAUACGCAAGCAUACCUGUAAUCAAUGGUCUUACAGAUUAUAAUCAUCCUUGCCAAAUCAUGGCUGAUGCUCUCACAAUAAUUGAACACAUUGGUCAAAUCGAGGGAACCAAGGUAGUGUAUGUUGGAGAUGGAAACAACAUCGUCCAUUCUUGGCUGUUGCUGGCUUCUGUAUUACCUUUCCAUUUUGUAUGUGCCUGCCCCAAAGGUUUUGAACCUGAUGCAAAGACCGUUGAAAGAGCUCAACAAGCUGGAGUGGGGAAAAUUGAGAUCACUAAUGAUGUAAAAGAAGCUGUUAAAGGGGCAGAUGUUGUGUAUUCAGAUGUUUGGGCCAGCAUGGGCCAAAAGGAAGAAGCUGCAUAUCGCCGUCAAGUGUUUCAAGAAUACCAGGUGGAUGAAAAACUUAUGAAGAUAGCAGGACCUCAGGCUUACUUCAUGCACUGUUUACCAGCAGAAAGGGGAGUGGAAGUUACUAACGAGGUUAUUGAAGCUCCAAACUCUAUCGUCUUUCCCCAGGCCGAGAACCGAAUGCAUGCACAAAAUGCAAUUAUGCUACAUUCACUCGGCCUUUAAACAUCAUGUGCUACUUAUAGAGCUUUUCUAUCUAAAUUCCCAUGGAUUCUAGUUUAUCAUACGUUUGUAGUUUCUCCACAACUGGUUCUUGUAAGCUUUGUUGUCGGGUUGAUCACUUUUAACUUUUGCGGUAUUUAGAUGAAAGAUUGAACUCAUCGUUUUCAGAGCAGGUUGAAUGGGAAUGGUUUCUUUACUCGUUGGGGUAAAAGAAAGGGUGCCUAUAUCU